AUGGGAUGCGGCGCGAGCAGCCCCGAGGACGCGGCCGCGUCGCCUCGCGAUGGUGACGAACCUAAAUCGGGGAAAACUGAGUCGCGGAACAUCAUCAUCCUGUUCGGCCCUCCCGGCGCGGGGAAAGGCUCGCAAGCGCCGAAGAUGGUCGAGACCCUCGGGAUCCCUCAGCUCAGCACCGGCGACAUGCUCCGAGCCGCGGUCGCGGCCGGGACCGCGCUCGGCGAGCAGGUCAAGGGCGUCAUGGCCUCCGGCGGUCUCGUGACGGACGAUCUCGUCGUCUCGCUCAUCCGCGAGCGCGUCGAGAAGAAAGACUGCGCGGGCGGGUUCAUCCUCGACGGGUUCCCGCGCACGCUCGAGCAGGCGGAGAUGUUAGACGAGAUGCUGGCGAAGAGCGGCGAGCGCGUGCGGCACGUCGUCGCGCUCGUCGUCCCGGACGAGGUCCUCACCGAGCGCAUCUGCGGCCGAUGGAUCCACAAGGCGUCGGGGCGGUCGUAUCACGUCGCGUUCGACAAACCCGCGUCGCUCGCCGCCUCGGGCGAGGACGCCGCGCCGACGACGGAGAACAUGUUGGACGACGUCACGGGCGAGCCGCUGACGCAGCGGCCGGACGACACCGAGGACGCGCUGAAGACGCGUCUGGCGGCGUACCACAAGCAGACGGUGCCCAUAUUGGGGCACUACGACGAGAAGCGAAAGGGCGUCGUCGCCGAGGUGGACGCGAACCGACAGAAGGACGACGUGUGGUCGGACAUCGAGCGGGCGAUCGCCGCGAACGACGUCGAGCCGAAGGAGCCGGAGCCGGAGCCGAAGAAGGUGGAGGAGGCGGCGCCGGAGGAAGCGGCGACGGCGCCGCCCGCGGAGGCGCCGGAAGAGCCCGCGCCCGCGGCGGAAGAGCCCGCGCCCGCGCCGGAAGAGCCCGCGCCCGCGCCGGAAGAGCCCGCGCCCGCGCCGGAAGAGCCCGCGCCCGAGGAAGCGGCUCCGGCUGAAGUGGCUCCGGCGGAGCCCGCGGCGGCGGAGCCCGCGGCGGCUGAAGCCGAGCCCGCGGCGGCGGAAGCCGAGCCCGCGGGCGGCGGAGGCCGAGCCCGCGCCCGCCGAGCCCGGCGCCCGCCGAGCCCGCGCCCGCCGAGCCCGCGCCCGCCGAGCCCCGAGGCUGCUGAGGCCGGGGCCGAUGCCGCGGCUGCUGAGCCCGCGGCGGCGGCGGCCGAGCCCGCGCCCGCGGCGGCCGAGCCCGCGCCCGCGGAAGCUGCUCCGGCUGAAGCCGCUCCGGCGGAGCCCGCUGCCGAGGCCGACGCCGACGCCGCGCCCGCCGAGGCCGCGCCCGCCAAGGACGUGGCUGUCGAGGCCGGGGCCGAUGCCGCGGCUGUCGAGGGCGCGGCUGCCGAGGACGUGGCUGUCGAGGCCGGGGCCGAUGCCGCGGCUGUCGAGGGCGCGGCUGCCGAGGGCGCGGGUGAAGCUGCCCCGUGA